AUGCCGUCAAAGAAGGAAUGCGACGAGCUGAAAGACGGUUUGGAUAUGCUUCCCGUCCUUCUCAAGCGAGUUCAGGCAAUCCUGGAUUUCCUGCACCACUCAUCAAACGGCCGCUCGCUUCUGUCGGAUUCUCCAGUACAAAACACUAUUUUCUGCUCCCUAUCCAGAGUCAAAAGCGAAGUCAAGUUUCUUGACGAUACCAUUCGGCGACAUCUCCACUGCUUCAGUCAGCCUGGUCGAUUGUUGAGCGUCAGUCCAGUCUAUGAACCCUCAUCGACACAAAAUUCUUCUCUAGGUCCCAACGCUGGCAAGCUUGUUGAGGCGCAAGCAUGCGUCCUGUCCGUUCGCUUACCGUCUACUUCCUUCAUCGUGACCUGCAGGGAAGCAGCGUUUAGUACACCUCUGAAUUCGACAUCGCUCGCAGAGACCAAUGCAAGUCUGACCGGAGUCGAUCGUGCCACUUCGAGCAUGUCCACGUUGGUUGGCUGUCAUGUCGCGACCAAGCUCAUUUCAGACAAAGGCUGGAUCAAUUUUGUCCAGGACGACCCGUUGCUUGUGCGGUUCUCUGAGCCGUUCUUGCCCUCGGGAGCCUCUGCGUUCGCCAAAGGGUUUGACGGUAUGGUACUGCCAAUCAACGUCAACGCGGCAGAUCAGAUGUCAGAUCACAAUAAAAUCCACUGGAUACUCGCAAUCGUCAACUGGAAAACAGAAACAUUCGACGCCUUUGGAAUGCAACCAACUGCUUUUUCUCGAUGGAGCAUAAGGAUCGAUGAAUAUGUCUCGGAACUUCGCGGCGCUGUCAUCCAACUGGACAAAAGAUCUCACGAACUGGGACCAUACUGGGAGGACUCAUGCUGCGCUUUCCUCUGCGCUUACGCUUUUGAACGGUAUUUGGGUCGAGCACCUCAUCGUCAGGAACGAUGGCCCACGGGUCCUGCCUUGAGAAAGCAUUACCUGCGCAAACUACUCAAUCAAUGGGAGCUGCCCGCCGGCCGUCGUACCAAAGGGCCGCGGCAUUCGGAACUUGGUGGCGGACCAAGCUCUGGAUGA